UGCAACAAUCGCUAUUACUUUCUGCACUGUCGUUACUCAUUCUCUCUUUACCUCUGUUUCCCUUUUCCUUGACCAUUCUACCCCUGCUAUUAUGUGAAAUUACCAAAUCGUCUUGUUGAUAACUCGUUAUUCUCUCGAUUGUUCCUAUUGCACGCAGUAGUGAAAUUUUCUAGGGUUUCCAAGUUGUGCUGAAACUGGUCAAUAAAGUAAGUUUUGCUAGGUGGAGAAAAUGAUUAUCACCAAGCAGUACCGAUGCAUACAUUCCGCUAGCUGUCAAUGCUCUAAAGGUCAUUUAAGUGAAGAUGCGAUUUUCUUAGUGUUUCAUAACUUAAAAUGGAAUCCAAAGCUAAUUGCUACACUGUCAUGUGUGUGCAAAUGGUUUGAUGAUCUUGCCAAGCGAGUUCUUUGGAAAGAGUUUUGUGGAACAAGAGCUCCAAAGAUGUUGUGUGAUCUGCAAUCUACCGGGAGCCAUGUUGUUGAUGGGAACUGGAGAGCUUUAGGGAAGCUUCUUACAUACUGUUCAGGAUGCACAAAAGGUGGCUUGUUUAAAACUAUUCAGAACCAGAUCCCUGGUCACUUUGUAUAUCAGACUCGGUUUUCUAGAACAUCGGGGAAGAGCUUUCUUUUGCCACAAUGCAGAACUGAUGUUUUGUAUGUGUCUGAUCCUUGUGAGCAUCUUGAUCAAGGUGAAGAAGAAGAUUUAGGAUUCUUCCGAGGAGUUUUUAAGUCGUUUGCAACGUCAAAGGUCCGAAAGAUGCUUAUUAGUAAAGGUGUUAAGCUCCAUCAAACAGAAGUUUGCCCUUAUUGUAAGGCGAAGCUUUGGAGCAUGCAGCAAGCGAAAAUGAUUCCUCAAAGUGCUAGUUGCAGGCUUGGUUCUUAUGAAGAUGGUAUUGAAUAUUAUGUGUGUCUCAACGGUCACAUGAUUGGGAUAUGUACCCUAUUACCAUUGUCUGAUUCAGAAGAGGCACCUGAGUUGGAUGGAGUAACAGUUCAAUGAUUUUCAGCUGUCAUCAUUCUUUCUGAAUCUGCUAAAUUCCAGAUUAAGAUUAUUUAGAGGAAACGCGAAAGCAGGCAAAACGUGCCUUUUGGAGUGGUUCAUGAUGUGCUACCAGUAUCUCAUAUGUAGAAAAAAUGGUUGAAAAACUCUUCAAAUGCAUUUCACUUGUGCAGAUGAAGAGUACUUAGUCUAGGGUGUAGCAUGAUCCCUUAUCUAUCAGUAUGUAAGAACGAACUCAUGUAAAACAAAUUUUAGCACUGUAAUUAUUCCAUAAGGCCAUGUUUGUAAGUUUUAGGAGAUGAUAAGGCGUUGAAAAAAAAAAACAGUGCAAGAUAAAUGAAGGAUGCCAGUCUCAACUUGAACGAGGGAUUUAUUUGGUUUCCAUAA